ACUUUUAUUUGAAAGCCGAAAUGCAAAUUCCACUAUUGUUGUUAAUCGACAUUGUGGCAAGCUUCACAUAGGUCCCGUCUUCUCCGUAUCCUUUCUCUCGACUGACUAACAUCUGCUGUCGUAUCUCUGUCCAUCAGUGGGGGCGACGUGGAGAGAAACCUUGAGGCGUCAUUGUUCGAAGAACUUCGUUUCAAUCCCAGUUCCCAUUGUCCACUAAGUGAAGAGGAUGGUGCUUGCUCGCUGCUGCUUUCCCGCGUCGGUAAAGAUGAAUGUCGCGCUGCUUGCCUGCUUGGUUGCGCUUGUGGGCAUCUGCUUAGCGCGCUCGGACGCUCCGCGAGGGGUGGCGGUGCCCUUUGUUUUUGACCUCAAAGCGACUUGCGACCCUCCGUGCCAACAUGCUGGCAUCUGCAUCCGAAACAACACCUGCUUCUGUUCUCGCGGCUAUGAGGGAGAGACCUGCCAGUAUGCUAACUGCUAUCCCAAAUGUAAGAAUGGAGGAGAGUGCCUUCGCCCUGGAAAAUGCAGAUGUCCUUCUGGAUUUGGAGGAAAAUAUUGUCAUAAAGUGAAAUGUGAUAGUGGAUGCUGGAACGGUGGCGACUGCAUCGCUGUGAAUGGAGUGGCCAAGUGCAUCUGUCCCUCCAGCUGGACUGGCUCCAAAUGCCAAGAGGCAAUCUGUCCCCAGGGGUGCAGGAACGGGGGCAGCUGUGUGGCCCCAGGAAUCUGCAGCUGUCCAGAGGGCUGGCUGGGUGGAGCCUGCCACACUGCUGUGUGUCACCGGCCAUGUCUGAAUGGAGGCAAGUGUUUGUCUCCCGAUUCGUGCCGCUGUCGCCCUCCUUACUCUGGACCACACUGUGAGGAGAGGAAGGUGUUUUAACCCUUUAGGGGUCAGAGGUCAAAGAGGACCAGUCAGAGGCCAUGUAGAACCGUAUUCAUUCCAAAUCUGGUGCUUUAGAUAUCGUCUCUCUGCCUUUUGUAAAAAUGUUUUUUUUUUUUAAUAAAGAACCACAGAUUUUUGUGUUAACAAUAACAUUUGACUGUGAAACUCAAUAUCUACUAUACCAUUUUGGGUUUGAGUUAUAUUAUGAAUAAAAUGUGGCUAAAAGGUU